GUACCUUGCGUAGACGUUAUUAGGAGGUUUGUGUUGGCGGACACACAACCUGAAGCAGAAUGCGGGUUUCGACUGACAUAUAUGUUUGAGCGCAGGUGUCCUCCACACAUAGAUACACACACACACACAUAUAUAUAUAUAUAUAUAUAUAUAUAAUGUAUGUAUAUACAUAUAUACAUACAUAUAUAUGUAUAUAUACAAAUAUAUCUGAUUUAAAGGUUUUUGAAUAACAUGGAUUGGAUUAACUGGUUACGAACACCUUUAGGGGGUAGGCGACGGGGGAGGUCAUGUGGUCGUCGUGAGCGCAGUGUCUCGGUGGAUAUGACAAACGCACAGAUUAUAUCAACUCCGGUCACACACAAGUAUGGAUUUCAGAAUACACAGAUAGACACACUACACUCAUCACAUAUCUGCUCCGACAACGAAGGGGACGCAUUUUAUGCAGAGAACAGAAGCACAGCCCAUGACGAGAAUAACGAACACCUCUGUGUGUAUAGUGAUGUACAUGUAGAUGAGGAUGGCACUAGUGUGUGUACGAAUAGCCACAGAGAAGUUAGGACUAACCUGCUCACGCAAUCACUGUCCCUAUUUCAGCUCAGCGAUGAGAGCGGUAGGGGUCUUUUUCAGGAGAAGAAUGCACACAACCAGACACAUACGCCUGCAUCUACACUCCCCAGCGAACCCUCUUUCGCACAUCCGGAAGCACAUGGAUGUGUGUCCAAGAAUAUUGUUAACAAUGUUGUGCCUGAUGCACACGCAAACUCAGGUGUACAGGAAAUUGCAGACUAUGUGAGGCUGGACAAAAGUUCGGAACCACUGAGGACGACGUCAGCGAUGCGCAAUGUGUAUAGUGCACCGGAUUUAAACAAGCGCAGGCGAGAUGAAGCGUGCCACUCAGAGACAUGCGACAUGCACACGAUCAAGGCGACGUACGUGAUAGUCAGAGCACUUGCUGCAGGGAGUCGCACGGGAAGGGUGUGCUUGGUCAGACAUCGCGAGAGUGGUGCGUUGGCGGUGUGGAAGGAACAGACGCUGACGGCAAGCGAUAGGAUAUAUGUACACAACGAAGCACAGAUACACAGCCUAUGCGACCACCCGCACAUUGCGCGUGUGAUACAUGUGGCACACACACAGAAUAGUCUCACACUGGUGAUGGAGUACCUGGGAGGGGAGGAGUUGUUUGCUCACAUCAAACCGAGUAUUGGGUUGGAAGAUAAAUCGCAAGUGCGCGAGUAUAUGGUACAGUUAGUAUCGGCGAUAAGCUAUCUGCACGGCAUAGGCAUUGCCCAUAGAGACAUCAAACCCGAGAACAUUGUAUGUACUACUAACGGUAAGAGUGUGAAGCUGGUUGAUUUUGGGAUGUCUGAGUAUGUGCACGUCGAUAGACCUGUAGGGAAGGCCUUGGUGGUGUCUGGUAAUACACUCAACAACAAAUGCACGGGAAGAUGCACAGGCGUGCACACCGACUCGGAGGAGAGCGAACACUCAGUCGGAAACGGCCAGAGAACGGAGACACCAUCUCUAACGAACACUUUGGCCAGAGACGUUGUACCGGCUCAUAGAGCUGUGGGACUUAAUAGCGGGGCUAGCACUGAUAGGAGCACUCAGGGUAUUAGUCAUGCAGAUACAAGGGGGAAUAGCAAUCUGAGCAACGGAGCAGUUACUAGUGACCAUGCCGACAGUUGUCGAGACACGACUACCUCCAGCGAAGCCUGCACCAAUAUGAGUGCGGGGGUGAGAUACCGCCUGAACGUAGGCACCACCAACUUCAUGGCGCCCGAGUUGCUGUACGAUACAGACAGAGAAUUUGGGACUGUUGAUCUUAAAGCGUGUGAUGUGUGGGCCCUGGGUGUGUGCCUGUUCUGUAUGUGCACAGGGAGAUUUCCUUGGUCCGAGGCAACGGACAAGUGUGUGGGUUACAGGUGUUAUUCUGCGAGAGAGCACACUUCUCAGGACCUGUGGCUGCGAAUCCCAGCGCCAGCGAUGGUGAUGUUAUCCCACAUGCUGGCUAUCGACGUAAGCAGGCGAUGGACAAUUAACGAGGUACAAGCCUAUCUGCAGUCGGAGUGGCCACCAGCAAAGCCUAUUAACCACACACAUAGAAGCCGAGCUUCGGGUAAGAAGCCGAAUCCAGUGCAAAAGCUAACGCCUACGGCUGGUGUGAAUAGUACCGCAUCUGCCGGCGAUUUUAUUAAGUGCACAUCACCACGCACACAAAAGGGAUUUGGUAACGAUGGCAAACCACAACCCAUAUCAAAUGGUCGCACGAUCAUAGAUCCGUGUGUACAGCAGAACGACCCUACAUUGUGUUCAGCUACACAAAGAGAUACGACAGCUCUGCGACCUGUCACGCCCACCAUCAUCACCACCUCAUACUGUUCACCACCCACACAAAAACGUAAGAAAAAGAGGUCUUAUCGUACAGAUAAACAGAUAUCUGGUGACACAACCAAGGCUUACAACGACUCACAAAGCACAUGUCUGAGCACCACAGCUAUGUCUAUUUACACACAUGAGAAAAUAAGACCUAGUGUCAAAAUAAGAGGAAGGUCGAAUGCCCGGACUAAGGGUACCAUAGGCGGAGGGAGGGUCUAUUUGGAAGUGCCUGUAGUUUCUUUCGCGUGUCCGGGUGAUGACAGCGGUUUCGAGUCUGAAGAAUACAGCAGACAGGCCAGCGCGAGUAUAAAGGGAUAAAACAUACCUGGACUAUGUGCCAUCGAAAAAGUAAACUACUCACACCGAGUAUCACAACGUACACGUGCUUGGACAUGUAUGAUGAUAGUUUAGGUCUGGACGAUAUAUACUUACUGAAAUGGCCGAUAGCGAGAGUACAGAAACGCGCGAGAACAUAUCCCAGCACCAAUGUGAUUUAUACGGGCAUAUAUGUUCAAGGUAAAGAUAUGUCAUGUAUAGUAUGGGAGAGUAUCUGUACAUACAAGCAUUUAUUCACUCCGUACAAGCAUCUAUUCACUGUUAACUUAACUUUAACUUAACUUUUGCCGAACAAUAAGUAUGCACAUACCAUAAGCGAAUGGCUUAAGAUGUGUAAGUAAAUCUCGGGUGCAUACAUUCAAUGACGUCGGCACGGCACCUUACCGGAAUUGAAUAACCGUUGCAAUGAAAAGACUCUGUGUUGUAUGUUUCUCAGCUAGAUCGCCAUUUUAUAUUGACAUGAAUAUUUAUAUAAAUAUAUAUAAGUAUAUAUAUAUAUAUAUAUACAUGUAUAUGUAUAU